CUCCCCACGCGCGCCCCUCUCCUCACCCAGCGCACCACCACGCAACGCAUGCACAUCCACACGCCCAGCUGCAAUUGCCUGCGCCCCAGCCUUUUCGCACGCCCCUCGCUGCCCACCAGCAACAUUGGCAAUCUCGCCUCGCGCUUCAAUGGCCUGGGCCUCGGCCAGACGCGCGGCAUGAAAGUCCGCAGCUCGGUCAAGAAACUGUGUGAAGGGUGCAAGAGCGUGCGCCGCAAAAAGGGUCGCUACGUGUAUAUUAUUUGUUCCAAGAAUCCAAAGCAUAAGCAGAGGUGA